UUAGAGAUGGCAUUGACUAGUAGCGAAGAUAACUGGUGUGAAGAAGACAUUGCAGAGCUACUGGAAAGAAUGGAGAAUAACCUUCCUCCCAAUGACAAGCACACAUUCAAAACAACCCAGUCACAGAUGGACUGGGUAAAAGUAGCUUUUAAAGAUUAUUCUGGAGAAAUGUGCAAACUCAAGUGGUUAGAGAUUUCUUAUAAAUUGAGAAAGAUUCGCACUAUGAAAGAAUUAGUCUUGGAAGCUAAGGAACAUGUUAAAAAUUCCUACAAAAGCAAAAUGUGCAAGAUACAUCCAGACAUGCCCAAGCAGCCCCUGACUCCUUACCUUCGCUUCUUCAAGGAGAAGCGGCCCUUGUAUGCCCAAAUGUACCCCAAACUCACCAACCAGGAGCUGACCAAGGUCAUGUCUGAGAAAUACAAGGAGCUCCCAGAGGAGAAGAAGAUGAAAUAUAUUCAAGAUUUCCAGAAGGAGAGACAGGAGUAUCAGGAGAAACUGGCUCAGUUCAGGAAAGACUGCUCUGAGCUAGUGCAGGACUCCAAGACAUCUGUUGUCCCAAAAAGAAGCCCAACCAGAGGCCCCAAGAAAUUUCAGGGAAAAGGGAAAGAUGUGAUGUCUUCCCCAGAAAAUGAUUUUUCAGAAGAGAUAAAAUUCCAUGGAGAGCCCGAGAAGCCCCCCAUGAAUGAAUACCAUAAGUUCCACCAGGAUAUGUGGUCGAGUAGGGAGCUGCAAGGCCUGCCCCUGAGGAAGCGCAUGGUGGAGAUUAGCAGACGCUGGCAGUGUGUCCCAAGGAGCCAGAGGGAGCAUUAUAAGCAGCAGGCUGAGGAGCUACAGAAACAGUACAAGGUGGACCUGGAGCACUGGCUCAAGAGCCUGUCUCCUGAAGAGUACGCUGCCUACAGAGAGAGGACCUCUGGGAAGCGUAAGAACAUGAACAUGCGUGGAGGCCCGGACCCCAAGAUCAACAGGACAGAUGUGCAGUCUCCACCAUCAGGGACUAUGCAAGGAGGGCUUGCACAGGAGCAGGAGCUGCAGGCUCCAGGGAUGGAGUCAUCAGGGACUUUGCAGGGAUCUGAAGAAAAGAAGGAAUAUGGGGGAAAGGCAGAAGGCAUCGCGUCUUCAGACUCCAGCAGUGAAGAUGAAGAUGUAGAUAUAGAAUGUGAGGACAGCAACUCCAGCCUCUGA